AUGUCCAAUCCUCAAACCCCUUCCACUGCUGGUGAUUUCUCUUCUGCGAGUACGCCAUUGAAGAAAUUCAAGUUAGUUUUUCUUGGUGAACAGUCAGUUGGAAAAACGAGUUUAAUUACUAGAUUUAUGUAUGACACCUUUGACAAUACGUAUCAAGCAACUAUAGGUAUCGACUUUUUAUCGAAGACUAUGUAUUUGGAAGAUAGAACGGUUAGAUUACAACUAUGGGACACUGCAGGUCAAGAACGAUUCAGAUCGCUCAUCCCGUCGUAUAUACGAGAUUCUUCAGUAGCCGUUAUAGUAUACGAUAUCACAAACCGAACAUCUUUCCUUAAUACGACCAAAUGGGUAGACGACGUCAGGAACGAAAGAGGUCAAGAUGUGAUCAUUGUACUGGUGGGGAAUAAAACGGAUCUUAAUGACAAACGACAAGUGACACCAGAAGAGCUCGACAAGAGAGCAAAGGAAUUAGGUGUCAUGUCAAUAGAAACCUCUGCCAAAGCGGGAUACAACGUCAAAACAUUGUUCAAGAAGAUCGCCAUGGCAUUACCCGGUGGAAGCGCUGAAGUGAAAGAAACCGCAAAUACAAAAAUCGAUGUCUCAUCUACUCCUCAAGAAGUACCUCAAGCAUCAGGCUGUCAAUGCUAA